GCAUCAGUGGACGACAGAGCGCUGCUGGCGCUUAGUAGCAGCCGCAGAAUCAGCGCCAAUAGGGUCUGGUGGUGAUAGUGGCGAGUGACUUUCGUUGGUCGAAUGAGCGGACGGACAACUGGACGAAUGAGUAGCAGCAAAUGCAGCAAGAUGGCGGCACCCGGUGGUCGUGCGCUCCAACCGCUGGCGCUGUGUAUGUUUCCUUAAACGAAAACCGGAGAACAAACGCGGGAUAUAAAAACAAGAAAAAAAAAACUCGAAGAACUGAAUUGCGGUGUAACCUAUGUAAUAGCAAAAUUGAGAAUCUUGUCAAAGAGUUCCGCCGGUUAAAGGCUAACAGCAGCGAUUGUUGUUAAGGCCGAGCAUCAGUGCGAUGGUAGCGCCAACGUUCAUGGAGGACCAAACGCAACAGGCUGGAGAAGUUAAACAAAUCUAUGUAGAAAAAAAAUUUCUUAUUGUUGUUUUUCAAAAAUAAAGGACACAAUCGUGUCCUGAACAAACGACAGCUGAGAAAGAGAAAGAAAGAGAGAGGGUCCAUUGCUCUUGCUGGUUAUUCAAGCCAAUUGAGUUUUGUUGGUUGUCAUCGCAAUGCGUGAGUGCGCUGCAUAAUAUCGGAUGGAUAACUUGUUGUUAAAGCAGGAAUCAGGCUGGUUGUGCGAUCAGCGUGUUCACUUACUGCCACUUCGAGUGUUACUGGCUUGCGUUGUCGCCAGUCGUCGUCGUCAUUGCUGCUGCCACUGCCAUAGCUGAUUCUGUAAGGAAGAUGAUAGGGUAGAACCGCCUAACUGAGAUACGCCACCGAUGAAAAAGCCAUAGAGAGGCAGUAACUACGCGAAUGAAACAGAAACAAGAGGCCAGGUUAAGCAAAGAAGUCAACGCAAACAACACAAAGCACACGGCCGUCAGUCAGCCAGAUUCGGAUGGAACUUUAGCCUCCGCUCUCAAGUUGUAAUGUAACUCAACGGAAAACUUGGUCACCAUUGAAUCAAACUUCGGCGGCGUUUUUCCUUUUCUGCAGUUGGUUUUACGCAAAACAUUGUUACCCAUACAACGAACGUGUUGUCGGGACGUUGCAAAACGAGCAGCUGUUACUACAGAUCCUGCCGAAGAAAAGAGCAAACGCUGCGUCGUUUACGACGCCAGCGGUAGCAAUCUCGACACCAAUUCAUACUAAGAAAAAGGAUAGUAUUAGUUGAAGCUGGCGCCCUAGCCAGUAGAUGUAAAGUGGCCUAUAACUGGUAUCAUGAUCGAGGCAUUUAUGCACAUUCGGAUAAAUAGUGUUUACUAGUAAUUUAUAGAGUAAUACAACGCGACGAAGGAGGUGAACAAAGAGGUUGUGUGGUUUUGAUCAAGGGGCCACCCGCUUACUCUCUACAGUGAAAGGGAGUCAGUUGGGCAAAAGAGAGAAAAACAACGACAACGAUUAGUGUCCAUAAUCUACUGUAUAGUUAAUGAAUAAGCGCCAAUCAAACGUGGAUACGAUUCAUGGAGUAAAAAUUAUUACAGUCUGUAGUAUUCGUCCGUCACUAGACAAAUCGUGUACUAGUUUCUGCAAACGUGAUAACGUGUUUUAGCGGAUCUCGAAGUCGACCUGUUUGUCUGGAAGUAACAUUUUGUCCAACAAGUUUAACCAGAACUAUUAACUGCUUAGUUGGACGGCGCGUUCAAAACGCUUUGUUUACGUAGGUACUUUGCACAGUAUCGAAAGUCGGCGAGACAUCGCGUUGCAUAAGAUGUUAUCGUUAGUUUACAAGCGUCAUUAAGUUCAGCGGAUUCAUACCAAGGUUGUGCUCACCGAAACGACUGGAGAAAUUCCAGUAACGCAGCGCACUUCAUCUAGGGAUACGGCGAGUCAAGAUUUCUACAGUCGUUAGGUCAACUGCCGUCAAAGUGUUGUUGCGUUUCCACGAAAGUAUACUCUACGAUAACAUAUUAAAAUCACCGUUGUAAGCCAAAAAGCGUAACAUCACUAUAGGUGUCUGUCAGCCUUUUUCAUCGAUGUGACAAACAAAUCUAUCAAUACUUUCAGUCACCGAAAACCUGUGAAUAGCCGAGCUACCUAAAUAUUACCAUUACAAAAUACGAAAGUCGUACUAGCCUGUGUAGAGGGAGCGUCGCGCAAGAUCUGCCUGAGCCCUAACAUAGAUCUAUCAUCUACCGCCAAAAGUGCGCUCUUCCUGGAUGCCGACUUCGCAAAAGCAUUAACAGCGUCGACUGAUAUCGAAACCAACGAUACCGUUUAAGUCGGAAAUAGCUGCGAUUCAGAUCGCGUAUUACUUACAUAAGAACCGCUGUUGCCUUUCAAUGAGAAGGUGUACGUGAACGUAUACUUAAGGAGUAGCACUAAUAUUACACUGGCCGCUUUACUCAACCCUAUUUUUUCGUCUAAAAGCAGUUUCUAGCCUUUGUGUGUGACAUCCGUCUACACACUCGAACUCAGCCCAAUCUAUUGGAAGGACCAAGCAGUUAGAAGGUGCAUCUCAUAGAUUCAACAUGUGCGUGUUCGGCUUCGUCGCGCUUUGCGGGCAGUGCUAGCCCCCCACAAAGCUCUGAAGACACCCCUUCCCCCAUCACCAACAACUGAUUUCAGAGAAGGGUUACUUAUACUGCUGUUUCAAUUCAGCAGUAACGAACGUAAUGUGCAUGAGUGAGCCUACUUGAGACUGUGCUAACCCACGUACUCUAUGGGUGAGCUGCGUCUGCAUCGAAUACAGAGACCACCUCAGACACCGACCACUUUGUUGUGUAAAUUGUGCUGGAUGUUGUGUGUGUGUGCACAAGUUUGUUUGGGACGCACGCCCAGAAUACGGACGCCCGAGUGGUUCGAGCGGAUUUCGUCUUACCGUGCGUCAAAGUGCUGUGGUCCGUGUGUGUAAGUCCCAUAGCGCGCGUUUCGCAGACCCUCGUUCUUCGGUUAGGAAAGCUGUGGCCACCAGCAGCAAAGGCCGUUAACCCGGUGAUAUUUCGAAUGUCGCAAGUCGCCUUGCAAAAGAAAUCCAACGAGACUGGACAGCAUAUCAAAUACUUGCUCCGGUCUGUUGCCGACCGCUUGUCAUGGGCUCCAUUCACUGUUUCUAACUGAAACAAAAACAGUCGGUUGCUUUACUUCUCAGGCCCAGGUUUAGCCUCUUUAUUCGGGUCUUGGAACGUAUAGUCUGCUGAAAGUUAUCGCCAGUCAAUUGCGUGUAUGUUAUACGUUUCGUAGCGUCAACGUGCCAACAUCGUCACGAGGUUCAAACGCUGGCUCCGCCCCAUAUGAUGAUCUGAAACGAAAGGGGAACAUAGCUAAAAGGAUCAGCCGAAAAAUUCAAAAAGUUUUUGAAAUUAAGAAGUAAAAACAUCGGCCAAUCAGCGUAUGGCUAUCGUACAAUACAACUGGCGUAUCCCCCUACCCAGCUGUGGGAUCUUCUCUGUUAUUGCUAAAAAAAGUCGUAGGAGCAAAGAUACGUCUAAUGCUGCUAUUUCCGCGCGUCGUUUUCUGUGUGUCUUGCUUUCUGCUGUAGGACUCUGACGCUACCCACUCCUUGACGAAACGUUGUGCGCGUAACUCUCCCUCGACAAACGCUUUGGCUGACCGUGCCCCGCGCGCCCGCCGAAGACUCGUAACUAGCGCCCUUUCUUUACUCUGUAGUAGCGGGGGUUAUCGGAGCACUGUCGGUGUGUGGAGCGUGCCUGUGUCCUCGGCUCCCGUGCGCGAAGCCGAGUAACGCUGCCUAGCGGCGCGAGGCCCGCUAACAGCCAUCGCCAGCUACUCUUCUCUACACUGAUCCAGCUUGCGUUCUCCCAGAGGCGCAGGCACUGGUAAUAACGGCGGCGGGUUCAAACAGGAGGCCAAGCAGCUUUAGAGCUAAGGGUAUCUAGGGCAGGCAGGUAGCCAAAGCACUGUACCCACAAACCGAUCGAACUCACUCCUGCAUCCGCUAAAAGCGGUGGUGUGUUUCCUUUGAGUGUGAGAGCCGCGGCUACGGCGGCAGCGGUAGCGAUAGCAGCAUCAGUACCUCAAAACUAAAGCCCCUCCUGCUGUAAACGUAGCAGAACCUACAGCAGCAGUAACAGCUGCAGCAGGAAAAGCGGCAGGCUUGCGUUGCCGUUUCGGGCCGCUGCAACAGCAGCAGCAGCAGCAGUAGCAGCAGCAGGCGCAGAGACCUUCGGUGUGUCGUCUCUCAGAGUCGGCGAAGUACGGCACUGGUUCUCGUUGCCGUACCUCCGUGGGUCCUCCGUGCUGGUCCUUGACGACGUCGUCGACCGCGACAUAUUCCUUUAGACGGAGUACAACCAAUUGCAGCCCGGGGUUUUGGAAAGAAGGACUUUUCUGUAACCGAAAUCGACAGUUCUUCCAGUCAGCGACUGGCGGCUGGCUAUCGCUUGCAGUGGCGGAACCAGCUGAGGGCAAGUAUUCCAGUACAAGCGCAGACGGCGGCGGAGCAACUGGAAUCCAUACAGUGAGUUCCGUGAGACGGCGCGGUGAGUCCAAGUGAGCAACAGGGGGUACAGUGAAAUAAAGAACUGUGCUAUUCUGUAUGUGAGCUGGCUAGUGUACGGAGCUAACGAAGGCAGCUCGCGAUAGGGGCUACGCGGCUCGGAUCCGAGAUGAAGACGUGCUAAGGUGAGCUGCUUUCUAUCUCCGACCAGACCCAGCGCUAGUGAUAACUUGUGAUAGCAACCACUACUGCAACACGGAUAAUGAUGACCGUAGGGACUACAACAGACUGACCAGCGACGAACAGGAUAACGUACCAGAAAGCAAAGGCGACCUUAAUCAAUAUACGCAGCAACGAAAUAGCAUCAUCGACAACAGCAUCUUUUAUCAAUGCACCAUUAAUGAAGCUGCUCUAGAAACGAAACGCUACGAAAACUGCUGUAACGACUAGGUUCGUUGCGAUUAACACAAUAGGCGGCAGGAAGAGGAAAAACUCGCCGUCGUGAGCGGCCCUUGAGUGGCGAAGGUUUCCCCGUGGAUGGCAAUUCUAGCCGGUAGGUGUACAGCGAAGUACCGUGACGCAGCGCCGUGGGUAUCAAAGAUCGCAGUCCUUCUGCUGGGCAACUGCUGAGCUGAAACUAAACCGCAAAACUAUCAUCCUGCAGGCGGAAGACGGUGGCGUCGCACGUAUAGAUCUCGAACACGACCUGCAACUGUGGCAACAAGACGAGGCACGCAAUUUCAUGGGACGGUGUGUGCUGUCGAAGGCGCGCAGAAUUCAUCAACGGAUAAAUUCAGGCAAUCUUUGAUAGGAAGGAAGCUUGUUUGCCAGCUUUUGACCCUAGGGGCCUUAAAUUUAAGGCCCUGUAGAAAGGUGAAUAUAUAAGUACAACAACACAGACGAGAACCAGUUGUGCACAUCCGUGUGGGCUUUGCUUUUCUCCCCGUAAUCUUUGCGCAUGCACCAGCGAUAACGGCCGUGUGACUACCCGUCUACGCACCCGUGUUCGAGCUCGUCAAGAAUCUGAAAGGAUUGUUGUGAUUAACUCAGAUCUUUCUAGACGACACUGCACUACCAAUGAGCCGUUCCGAGCUUAGCUAGUACUUGAGCAGCAGUGGAGUUCACAAGAGUGUCCACGCACACACCAGCUAAUCGCAGGGUUCGCUAGAUCAUUGAUAAGCUAAAAGUAAGCAACGGCUUCGCACCGAAGUUCACGUAGGCAUCCGUAGUACAUUCGGGGUCCGUAAGGAAGGAACGCAAAGCGACCAUAUCAAUAGCGAUUUCGCCGUCCUCAACAUAGGCGGCGCUCGCGCAUCGUGACGCGUGAACUAGGGAAGACCAGCCUUUCUGCUAAGCACCUGUCGGAGUCAGGUUUGUGAGCCUGAAAAUUCCUGCCGCCAACAAAGCAAACAAACCAGCAAGCAGACAAAUAAAAACAAGCCAACUAGCUCGUUCAGUGUCUCCGACGGCUUCACAGCAGGCUCGCCUAUCUCUCUACUAAAUCAGCCCUGCGUGUACGACUACUAACAAACUAUAAACAAUAACUGGAACAACAACGGCUACAAUUAGAAUCACUAACUAUUCAUCUGUCUGCAUUGAAUACCCGCCCUGACUGGUGCUCGUCUACGUUUUAAUCAGCCUGACACGCUAAACGCAGAGGUAUACAUCGGAAACAAUAAGGCCAAUCCAGCCAAUAUUAUUGUGUACUGAAUCGCAGGGUCGAAAUUCGGUGGCAAUCAGCUGAUCGCGCGCGGGGUGUACACAGCAAGCCAGUAAGCAAUCCUAUCAAUACACAGAACAGGCUUUAGGCUGUUGGCGCAUUGAGACGAAGGCUUCAAAAAACUUUUCCAAGGAAAAACUGCGCGACGAAAUAUCAGAAACCUAGCCCAAAAAGCACCUCGUUUAUUGUAACAAUAGUUACGUAAUAACCUUCCUUACUUGCUUGACGAGUGGUUCCUUAUUGUGUUCAUGCUGGAUUGAUCUCAAAUCAAAGGUCCUAUUAGCAGAGCUUACCUUACAGCAUUGACACCUUCGCAUCGUUAGGAAGCAAACAAGGUGUUAUCAUCGAUCGUCCUUACGACAGGACAAGUGCGGUCCCUUUCCCCUAGUCGAAUACAAAGGCAGGAAAAGCUGACUACCUUAAAAUAACUAGUUUUGUGUUUCCAGUCCAAAGCGUUCGGCUGGAUUAACAAGAGCGCCCAUAAUAAUACAUUCUGAUUCUCUAAAUAUCAACAAAGUGGAGAAUAACAUAAGGUUGCAAGACUUCUUAAUUAAUGACAAAAAAAGUCAUCGCUAAAAUUUGGAGCGGUUAUCCACCAACAAAUGUCCGUAAAUUUUCGCUUGGCACCAUAGAGGCAAGCCUAAGCUUCAAUGCAACACUGAAGAGGCAAGAAGAAGGCUUUACGAUAUCACUUUGUUGACAACAAAUAACAACAAAUCAGUUACUAUCACGCCAGCACGAGGCAACCAAUAUAUCAUCAUAUAACCAUUCUAUAUUAUAACCACCAGAUCAGAACUAAAAUUGUAACCCAUCACAUGUCUCAUGUGCUCUUCAGUGUACGUUUAGGACUGAGACAACCAAUCAGGCUGCAGAGCUGUGUCCGGAAUUAUCGUGUAUAAUAAUCGCCGAAGACGGUGGUAUUAUUAGCGAUUCAAUAAAAUCGAGAAAGAGAACGAGCGUAAGGUAACAAAGAAGGUGUUGACUAAGCUAACUCGGUCAGUUGACCCAGACAGUCAACUAUCCCAGACCCGCUCGCACUGCAAUGAUCAUCAUCAUCAUUUGAGACAGAUUCACCAUCAGCAUUGCAGCUGCUAUUGUUCUCCUGAAUGCACUAUUUCAUACGGCUCUCACACGUACAGCAUAAAACAGCUAACUAACUGGUGCAGAUAAAUCCAGCUCGUUCAACAGCAUCAACAACAACAACAACACGCUGACAACACCAGAAGAAACAACGGUUGAUCUUAUCAUUACCUGAAUCUCAGUGCUCGUUUGCCCAGCCUUUGUGUCUUCGUGUCUCUGUGUGUCCUUGUGCGUGUGGGCGCGUGUCUCUGCGGGCGUCUGUGUGUGUGUGUGUGUGUGUGUGUGUGUGUGUUUAUGUGUAUGUGUGUGUGUGUGUCUAAACAUAAACAGAUACUAACUCGAAUAGACUUUGUGUAUAACUACGCAUCGUAUAUGACGACGAUCAUUGAGAAAAGCAGCAACACAACCAAGCGAAGGGCAACAGUCGCCGCCAAUACAACGUCUAGUAUAUUCGCGACAUUUGCUCGACAUCUGGUCGACAGCGACCGAUGGUGGUUAGCGGUGAUUCAGCUCAAGUGCAGGGCUGUGCAGUGAAUGAUCAACAAAGUGUGAUAGGAGAUCGAAGAGCAACGAGAGUAGAGAAUAUAUAAAAAUCAACGUUAACAAGCCAGCGACUUGUUAUCUAUUUCCUCUGCAUCCGACCCGAAGGCCGCAUCCACUGCGAGGGCAUCGACCACUUGUCACAUACGGCGAACAUCGCAAGACGUCAAGUCAGACUAAAGUUUUCGAAUGAAGAAGAAUUGAAAGGUUCGAAAAUUCGCUUUUGGUUCAAGCGCGAUAUUCAUUCGCUAUAACGGCCGUUGUCAACACCGUUCCCACCGUACCAAGGCCAGAAGAGUAGGACAAAGUUAUUCACAUUGGUGGCAAGCAAAAAAAAAGAACAGAAAAAGGUACAGCUACCACUAAACCGAACGGAAGAUAGCAGGGAUUUCCGGUAACAGCUAGAUUUGACUCCCUAUUCCGUCCGACCCAGUUGCAAAAACAAGCGUGGCCAUCAUUCGACCAAUAUUCCACCGCUUUUUAGCCAGCCAAACUCAGUCAGUGCGCGCCGUUUCCGUCAGUAAUAUCCCGUAACAAAAGACGCCUGGAUAGAAAACGAAAGACGCAAGCAAUUUCGUUUGUUGUCCGUUGUUCGCAACGGGCGUAGCAGACCUGCAACUUGCUCCAGCUCUAAUUAUUUCAAAAGAUUAUUUACUAACGUAAUUAGAACUGAAUAUAUUCAAACGAUCUGAUAUUCUGGUUCUGCCUGUUGUGCUGUCCUCACGUUCACAACAGACUGCCCAUAGUGGGGCAGGAAACGAAGUUCGGGAGGGCAAAAAGGUUCGCGCGCCGUCGUUCAUAGAAGUGUCUAUAGAUAGAGGUGAGACCGAGGCAGGGCUCAAUCAACAGGAUUAGCAGAUACGGGGAGCAAGCGAGGUUUGCCAUUUAGAUCAUAAUAAUAAUAAUGCCCCUAACGUUAACUGUUCAGAGUAACGUAACAGGCUUCGUAACGAUAACAGGACAACAACAGGGACAUCAACGACCUCACACGGCAGACGACAAAAAAGAUCAAAAAGAGAAUACAAUUCUACAACUGUCGUCUAUCACUGUUGCUCGGAAAACAGACGGUAGAGAAGCCUUCUAUAGCGAAAGCCCUCUGCGAGAAAUUUCGGUCACCGCUCAGAACGAAGAGAUCGACGCGACACCGAAAAACUUGCCGGAAUCCGAAUCAUCACAGAAGUCACGUGCAGCCAACUACUACUGCAACGAUACCAACAGCAACAGCAACAGCAUUACCAACAACAAUAACAACAAAAUUUAUAACAAAGCUACAGACACUGCAAUCUAUAGUGAAUAUAAGAAAAAUCUAGCCGAAACUGACUACAAAUUUCAGGCGUACUCCAGCAACGCCAUUACACUCACCACCAGCCCGAUCAUUGCACGUACCGUUCAACAAGCUGAACAAUAAUACAUAGGGCUAUGGCGUGUUAGCCUUGCGUGAAUCAAUCAAGAACCCACCUCUCGACGACAAAUCGACAAAACGCAAAUCAACGCUAAAUACCGACCCCUAUAAGGGUCGGGCACCGCUAGAGCAUACGACAAAUCUAUACAUCAAGUACACCGAAAUAAAGCCACACGUACUAUUCUGUAUUAUUGAAGCUUAUUAUUAAUUGUACUGGUAACUGAAUAAUAAUAAUAAGCUAGCAACCAGUUGCUGGAGCAGCAACAGCAACCGCAAGAAACGCUCGAAAGUAGGGCGAAGAAGCUAAAUAGACGCCGGUGAAAACGAUUAGACUAGUACAAAAGCGACGAGGAAAAAAAUUCAACAUCAAUCUAACACCGUUACAUCACCCGUAGACUUUUUAAAAUCUAGGAAAGUGUUAAACGAGUCGAUAAAGUAUUGUAGCAAAAAUUAAGUGUCAUUCAACAGUAAGCACCACAGCCCAUCUAAGUCCGAUAUCCAGGACACUGUAGAGCAACCCUGAAAUUCGUGACGCCUGGACACGCGAAGUCAUCGAGGAGAAAUAUUAUUAAUAUGGUUACUAAUCAUUCUUGACUAGCUAAGCCUGAUGAAAGGCCAAGCGUGUGAAACAGAAACAGCCAGGUACUAUUAGAAAGAAAAGAGAGAGAGAGAGAAAGAUAAAUUUGAGUGUGUGUGUAUGUGUGUUUGCAAAGAACGGCAAACACCCGAAAGUCGCGAAAACGGCUAGCGUCCGAUCCGGUCACGGAGGUCAGGGCGACCUGAAAUCACGUUGUUGAUCACCCAGCAGAUCUACUACCAGAAAAAAUAUACACAACAGGUGCAAACCUGCGACGACGAAAAUUAACUACGAUUUCGCAUUCGGAAGCGGCGUCGACUUUCUCCUUCCGUUUUUAAUAAAAACAACAACAGAAGCGUAAGCAGCAAGGUAAACACGCAGCUUAUUAGUGAGAACAAAUCAAGCGUCUUCUAGUUUUUCGUCCUUUUUAACUGAAGACAAACACAGGAAGAAGCAAGUUGAAGGACGCUGUAACCAAGCACGUUAGUUGCCUAUCAACGCUAGCCAUUUUAAACAACAAUAACAGCAGCAACAGCAACAACAACAACAACAGUAAUAAUUAUAGUUAUAUACGAAAAUACGUUGUGGUCUCAGCACGACACGAGCCUGCUUGCUGCUACUGUUCUAAAAGCCACGAGUGGUUUUAAAUUUCCCGCGAAGAUGGUGGACGUCUGCACCGAUGUUCGCACUCAGCUGCUUAGCUACUUUCACAGCCAUCCAGGGGAGAAUGUGAAAACUAUUGAUCUGUGCCGGGUGAUCAAGCAACCGAAGAAGGCUAUCAACAGUGUUCUCUACAGACUUCAAAGGGAUGGCGUGCUGCAGAAGGUUGUCGAGAGUCCGCCGACCUGGCGGGAAACCAAUGCUUCUCAGUCCAUAACGGCCGGCCCGGGCUCUGACGGCAAUGCCGCCCCAAGUCUGGCUGCAUUACCCGGCGGAGGCACCCCGGCGAACGGUCCGUUUCCAGCGAUAACUGGAGGAUCAGCAGCUUCAAACGGAAGUGACUCGCCCGUAAACCUGAGUAAUGGUUCCCCUGAACACCAUGCGAUCGUGUCAGCUCUACCGCCCCUCAGCGGUCAGGCACCCGCAUCUGAUCAGCCGAGCUGGCAUAGCAAAUUAAACGGAGCUGGCUCAGGGGGAAGCGUAGCCAACGGGGGCGGAGCUGGGGCCGUGAUAGUGCCAAAUGGGAGUAGUGGCGGCGGUGGAAGCGGGGGUGCCGGAACGAUACCGACGGUGGCGCCUGGGGACGAAAAAGCGCUUGUAUUGGCCCCAACCCCCGACCAGAUGAUGCUGGCUACCAUUGACUCGAACAAUGCCCCAUCUUCCCCCGAUGGCAACUCAAACGCAGGCAACAAUACUAACGACAACACCCAGGUCGCUAGAAACAACGUGAAGGGUAACGGAAGCGCUUCAUCGCAGAACGGAGGCUCUGGCGGGGGCGGUGCGAACAACAACAUUCUGCAGAACGACCUAACCGCUUUGUUGAUCAAUCACCUGGCGGCCAUUGGCGCGCCAGUCUACACGAAGGAUCUCGUGAAGGCGCUCGGUCUCAAACACAAGCGCGAAAUAAAUCCGAUCCUUUAUCGGCUGCAGGACCGGGGAGUGCUCUCGAAGGUGUGGGACACUCCACCGGCGUGGACUCUCGUGCCAGGAGGCAACCUGGCUGACUUGCAGGGCAUCGAAAGGAGUCUCAAUAACAAGAAACAAGCUGAGCUCCCUGCGGCGCCCUCGUACGAGGAGAACGGACAGACGAAUGAGUAUCCCGCGCUACCGGCCCCUCCCGGUGCUGCAGCAGUGAUCCCCUCCGUACCGCCUGGUGGCCCCGUACCCGGAGUGCCCGGAGUUCCCGGAGUACCAGGCGCUGGCGUGGGGGGCGUGGUCGGAGGCGUGGCGACCUCCGGUGUUCCCGGACUGCCCGGCGUCCCCGGGGUACCCGGCGUUCCCGGAGUGCCCGGCGUUCCCGGGGUCCCUGGUCUGCCCGCCCACUUGGGUCCCCUGCCCGCACAACAUCUGCUUGCUCAGCAAGAGCUACUCGGCCGCAAACAGAACGCUAAAAUGACGAAGAUGGCGCGUCAGCAGACGACACUCAGCCCGCAGCAGGCGGAGAUCCUACGCCUCAAUCAGGCAUUCGCUCAGAUGUUGAUUCAGCAGCAACAGGCAACUGGCAUCCCAGUGAUGCUACCUCCAGGUGUGUGUUUUCCGAAUGUGAAGAUAACGCAGCAGGUGAUGAGCCAGACGGUGGAAAUGGCAGCGGCCGCGUACGCGGCAGCCGCCGCAGCAAACGGUGGCCACAUCGGGCCGCAACAGCUGCACAUGAUGCAGCAGGCGCAGCAGAUGCAAGCCGCAGCUGCCGCCGCCGCGCUGGCAGCUCAACAGGCAGCAGCACAACAACAGGCGCAGCAGGCCGCCCAGGCCCAACAGGCGGCCGCCCAUGUAGCCCAUGCGGCUCACGCAGCGUCACACGGCGGCCAUGGCGGCGGGGGGCAUGGACACGGGGGGCCGGGUGGGCACGGCGCUCACGCUGGCCAUAGCCAUGCUCUCGCCGAGCACCAGCACGCGGUAGCAGCAGCCGCUGCCCAUGCGCACGUCGCCGCCGCCGCAGCCGCAGUCGCGGCCGGCGCCCACCCGUUGCAGGCCACGACUCAGCAAGUUGUGGCGCAGCAGCAAGCGCAGGCGGGCGCUGGGGGCGGUGGUCCCGGCGGAGCUGGCGGUGGCGGAGGCGCUGGAGGAGGCGCCAUUGAUCAUCAGCACCAAGCCGCUGGCGCACUAACCGCCAAUGGGCAGCCGCCAGCAAGUAGCGCUCAGGCUGGCCAUCAGCAUGCACAAGGCCACGCGAUCCACUCCGGCGGCGGGGGCGGCAGCGGAUCGGGCGGAGGAGCCGGGGCUCACCCUGGUGCCGGCGCACAUCCCGGUCAAACAGCCGCUGGCGGUGGACAAAGCAACACUGGGUCCGGCAAUUCGGGUCCGCCCGCCUCCACGCCGGGACCACAAUCGAUCUCGAAAUUCCCCAGCUAUGCGUCCCUCACGAAGAACCCCGUGAGCGCGUUCCACGAGUUUGGACAGAUGCAGCAUGUCGAGGCGAAAAUCGACAUCGUCGCAACGGAUGGCCCUCCACACAAUCCGCGUUUUAAGGCUGUGGCGUUCCUCGACAAGAAGCCAGUAGCAGAAGCAUGGGACAAGACAAAAAAGGAAGCGAAACACCAAGCCGCAGAACUCGCUUUCCGAAAGUUGGUUGCCUCUGGGGCGCUUGCAUCCGACGUGCCCUCACCGGAGACCGACAUCCUUUCCUCAACUGAUGAUAGCAUACCGAUGUUUGACAUAAUCGCCGCGUUGGGCCAUCGAGAGUUCUCGCAGAAGGUGUUGGAAGUACCUGAAUACGUUGGCGGGCGCAAAGUGCUUGCGGCGCUCAUCAUGCGCUGCGCUCAGACCGAUAAGCGAGGGACGGUGGUGUGCUUCGGCACAGGAUCUCGCUGUAUUACUGGCGAACAACUUAGCCAGGACGGCACGGUCGUCAACGACUCGCAUGCCGAGGUUAUCACUCGCAGAAGCUUCCUGCGUUUCCUCUAUCAGCAGCUGAAAGGCUAUAAGACAGGGGAAGACCAUCCGAUCCUCGAGCCUGUCGAUAACCCGACCCAGGGAGGGCCCAGUCUCCGCAUCAAACCGCAGGUGUCGUUCCAUUUGUAUAUCUCAACGGCGCCUUGUGGAGACGGUGCUCUGUUCGCGCACACCACCAAACCAGAUGACAAGAACAAGCAAUGUGGAGAGGACGCUUCUAGCGCGCACCAUCCGCUCUUCACGAAGAGCUGUCAAGGUCUCCUUCGUACCAAACUGGAAGCAGGCGAAGGGACUGUACCCGUGGACGUGAGUACCGAUUAUCAAACGUGGGACGCCAUCUUGCAAGGGGAACGACUACGCACGAUGAGCUGCUCCGAUAAGAUCGCCCGUUGGAAUGUGCUGGGCAUGCAAGGUGGCCUGCUCUCACACUUCUUACAGCCUGUGUACUUAUCCUCCAUUACGCUCGGGAACCUCUAUCAUCACGGUCAUCUCUCGAGGGCCGUGUGUUGUCGCCUGGAGGGGGAGCCCUCGUUAAACUCACAGCUACCCCCACUGUUUUCGCUGCAACAUCCGAUCUUGGGCUGCGUGUCAGGACAUAAUCCGCCACGUGACACCGAAAAAACGAAACCAUAUUCGAUCAACUGGUGUGUAGGCGAUGAACGGCCCGAAGUAACCAACUCUGGCACGGGCAUGCGCCAGGACCGUAGCGGUACCAAUCUCGAGUCGCGCGUGUCCAAGGCCUCGCUGUUCAACCUAUUCAAGGACGUCGCCGAGCAGUUCGGUCGCCAGGACCUCAUCGGCAAAACGUACGGCGAAACGAAGCAGAGUGCUGACGCCUACCAGACCGCCAAGAAAGUGCUGUUCGACAGAUUCCUGAAACUAGAUAGAGGGCGCUGGGUGAGGAAACCACCUGAAGAAGAGAUGUUCCAUUAAGAAGGACAAAAAACCGCUAAUCUCGCUUUGAGCCGCUCCCCGGGAUGAACGACUGUGAGACAACGACGGCCGGUGAUUGAGGAUCCGGUCGAUCUGGUUCAAAUGUCAGUUAAUAAUCACUCGAUAUAAACAUUCCGUACUGAACAAAUCGGUUAACUAGAUCUCGGGAGUUUAUGACACGUGCGCCGCUAAUAAUGAUAGCGACGACAUAAAGCCGUCCCUUGAUUGAUCAUGAGCAAACUGUCAAUCGGGGUAUGUAGUGGCCUGGUGCAUGAUCGCCAAUGGUCUGCGCGCUAGCCCCGAAGUAUCCUCAGGGGCAUCUGCAGGUUUCUCUACAGUUGAUCACCCCAUAACUCCAGGGCUAUCCCCAGUACCUCUUUCAACAUCUAUGAGGUCGGCGAUAGUAUUCAAACCGAUCAGUAGACAUGAAAAAUAGAAAAGAAUUAAUUGUGAAUUACAGGACCAAAUAGUUUUUGGACUCUGUCCUUGCGUACGGCCCCCAAUUCAGAAUCCUAGAAAGAAACUGAUCAAGGAUUUUUUCAUGAAACACAAGUCGAUCAGUCGUUGAUCCCUGCGGCGAGACAGAGCAUCGAUAUGAAAUUACCGUGCACUAUUUCUCUUCUAUCUGUAAUCUAUAUAUUUAUAUUUCUAUGUAUUUCUUCUGACUACGUGAGUAAGUUCUUGUGCUCUGCAAGCCCGAUAUGCUUGGCGAGUGGCCCCCUAGGCGCUCGCGGGGGCUCUGCUCGCCUUGGCCGCCUCAAUGGCAAUUAAUAAUGAUGGUGUGUUCGAAUUCCCUAUAGCCACCAGUAGGCACUAGACGAGUUGGGUCACCGCCUCUCGCUGCGCAAAGAGGGCCUGGCCCAGUGGCCGGAACGGUCUGCCCCGCACGGACUGACUAACCGAUUCAUCAAAAGACAAACAAUCCAACAAUAACAAUAACAUAACAAUAAUAGUAAUAAUAACAACUGCAAACUGGUAAACUUUCUACGAAAAUGAGUCAGUAAAAAAAAAUCAAGACAAUCAAUAGAAUAACGAUGAAACGCAAUAGCUCUCAAAAAUAGGGAAUACCAACCGAAAGCAAAACAUCUACAGAAAUUACACAAAUUAAGUAAAAAAAUAGAGUGCAAAGACGAAACAGAAAUUAAUAACAAAUCAGAAAAAAAAAACACCGUAAAAACAAUAUUUAAACGCGAACAAAAUCAGCCACGUAACAAAACCAUAGCAGAUCGUUCGUCUGAUCCUCAUUUUCGCCUCAGGCACCGUUUAUGUACGGUAGCGUCUGCGGUGAAUGGGUAGGGAAGAUGCACUGGUGAAAAGUUUUGAAAAAAUUAUCAAAGCCAACAUACAGCAAGCUUGGAAACAACCAAAAUCCAAAGCUCGAUUUCGAUAUAACUUAAUUUUGGUGCAAUCGUAUGAAUGUUAUAGUCUGGCAAACCGAUCACUAAGAGACAAGUUGGCAAAAAAACGUACGGAAUUGUUUGCUUCGCAACUGGCUAGAAAUAACAUGAAAAAUUGCCUAUUACUUUGACUGGUAUUGAAACUCAUAGCAAUCGCUAGGUUAUUUAUCUAUAGUCUCUCACCGAGUAAAGAAACCAAUUCGGCCACAAUGUAAUGUUUGUCCAAAAAGUUCCAUGGGUGUCCCUAUAACCUAAUUCCUAAUUGUGUCGUUUGUUUACAAAGAGAUCUAAACCUUACCAAAAGCAUCCUCUCGAAUCAGAUAGAUCUAGCAUAAUAGCAGUCUCUAACAGGAAAUUCAUUUUUCCAAUUGACAUUAGGCCUCUCCGCGACACAGACCGGGACAUCAAAACGAUGAAAAGAACAUUUUCAAACAGAAACGAAAAAAAAAACAUUGCAUCAAUAAUCAAAGAUAGCAACGAUCAAUGAUCAAGUAAAUAUCGAUUAUACAGAUAGUAUAUACAGGAAAAUAUAAACAUGAUGGCGAGGAGAAACAUUACCAGUACUGUAAUUACAAUACAACUAGACAAUUACUGAUUAUUAGUUACAUGCAUCGUAAUAAUUAUCAUAACAAUAAAAAAAAAUAAUUACAUUAGUACAAUUAUAAUUGCAUGAACAUUUAAUUAUAAACAACCAUCACUGAACUUGUACUGUUACUAUCAUACAAUGACUGUAUUUAUUAUUGUUAUUCAGACAACAACUGAACAUUACUGAACGGUAUCUCUCCCUAUUAUGACGGCGAGUAAACAACACACUCUGUACUAAUAACAAAAACAAUAUCACUCUACGACGGUAACUACAAAAAUUAGCUAACUAACUCAAUAUAUUAUCAUCUAUACUCAAUCUCUCCGCAACUAAUAUAACUAUACUAUUAACUAACUGAACAGUGAACUAACUACAAAACGACUGCUACUACUACUACUAAAACUAUACUGAACAAUUCAACUCAAUACAAAUCAAUCAAUCAAUCAAUCAAUCAAUCAAUUCAAUCAACUCAACAAUAAUGAAUAAAAUACAUGACAACGACAUGUCACCUUCUCAAUGUCGAGCCCUGCUGAGAACCUGCCGGGUCCGGAGGAUGGUGGCCAUCCGAGGUGGCCCCGGUCGUCGAUAGCCUGCCUUCACUAAAGCUCCAUAACGCCCCGAGGGCGGCCAAGACGUCGGGGCAGGGAAGCCACCACGCCGGACGGCAGUUCGCGGGCCAAGGCUCCAAGCGGACGAACAUCAAAUCGACAACGACAACAACAACAACAACAACAACAACAAUAACAUGUUACGAACAACACCUGACAAGUAACAUUUAUGCAUUCAACACCAACAGGCUUGAAGAAUUUAAGAUCAAGUGAAAACAAACAAACAAACAAGCGAAUACUUACAAUGAAGUACCGAGCGAUUAUUUCCAGCAGCAAACUCCACAGACAACGAAACCAAAAGAGAAAUGACGUUACGUAACGACACCAACGUCAACGUCGACAGCAGCAGCAGCAGCAGCAGCAGCACAAAACAGUCAAAAAAAACAAAAGUAAACUGCAGAAUCUCUGUGUCGAUCACAGAUGCGGUCCCAUUUGUGGACGGCUGAAAAACACAGAUGCUCAUAAUCGCUGACAGUAACACCGUUGACAUCAAGCAAACGUCAGCGACAGGAACGGUAACAACAAACGUGAAAGCAACUAAUAUACAACGAAGUAACAAUAGCUCGUAUCGAACGUCCAAUAUCCAAAGACCAAAAGAAUCUCGAGUAUUACUUCUACUACUAGAAUCGUACUUGCAAGUAAAAACGGUGUAUGCCACACACUCAUCAUAGCGAUGACAAUACUACUAAUAACACGUGUAUGAAUUAUACGCUCUGAGAAAGCCGAUGGAUCCACUCCAUUACUUCUACUACUGUUAAUAUAAACAUUGUACGUGUAUGUAAUCAUAUGUAUUCAACAUUUUCUGUAUGUACCGAUACGAAUAAGAAGUAUAUGAGAUGCACUGAGCAUAUUGUCACAACCACACAUAUAUAUCUAUAUAUACAGAUGCGGCAGCCGGCUAACAAUGAUGCUAUUAGCGUGCUGGUUUGGCGAGAGACUACGUUAGUAUCGAUGACGAUUUUGAGCAUAUUCUUUAUACUGAGUAGUAAAUACACUCGGCUGUUGUUGGUCUCGACACCGCGAUCACACGUCGUUGACGAGCAGAGUUGGAUGGCCAUAUACCGCCCGCAGUGGUCAGUCAUAGCGCGCGAAUAAUAAACCAACAAGCGUUACAGCCCAGAUAAUGGAUCAUCACUGCACACUAGCGGACAGCUACGGGUUAACAGUGACAAUGACAACAACGUAAACCUAAAACAUGCAAGUAUUAUUCAUAAAUAAAUCAAUGUAUUACACCUAGACCUAUUUCCGCACAUGAUCCCUGUCGAAGUAAUGGGAGACUAUAUAUAUAUAUAUAUAUAUAUAUAUAUAUAUAUAUAUAUAUAUAUAUAUAGAUCAGACAACGCUAACGACCCCACAGUUUUAUGGAGUCGCCACAGACCACUAUAAUAAUAGUAUUACAAUAACGUCAAUUGCCAUGCUGUUCAACAUCCUUCGAGACAAACGGAGGGAUGACGUCAUCGUGCAGUAAACCAACGUUACCAAACUAUUCAUAACGUGACGAAACACCUAUAAUUUAUUCUGGUUAAAAUGUAUGCACAACAACGUCAACACGAUGGGCCACAGCAGCAGCAGCAGCAGCGGCAGCAGCAGCGGCGGCGGCGGCGGCGGCAGCAGCAGCAGCGACAGCAGCGGCAGCAGCCGGUAAAUGAAGCAAAUGAUGAGACAACAACUGUAAUGGAAGCCAGCCAGCCUGCCGUAGCGCGAAUCCGUUACACUAAUUCAAUUAUCGAUGGCAAUUAUUCGUUGACUCACUAAUUGAUGCUGGAGACUAUAUCGGCUGAUUAACUCGCACCUAUAUAUGGACAGCCGCGCCGGCGGCAGCGAACAGCUACACUGAACCGUUCCUCUCUCUGCCGCCGAUGCGGACGAUGAACGUUUGCCGGCUCUGCGACGUACCGCCAAGAAGGGAAAGCAGCAUCAGUAGAAAUAUAUUUAUAAAUACCUCUUUCUCCAUAUAUACAUCUAACCAAAACAUAUAUAUAUAUAUAUAUAUAUAUAUAUAUAUAUAUAUAUAUAUUACCAUAAACAAUAGAGUGGAGCAAACAUGUAUCCGUAACUAAUCGGUAGUGCUCAACAGUGCAGCUCGCUAUAACAUGAUCAUGACGCCCGCCUUGGCGUCGAACCGUUUGCGGUGGUGCACCGGCUGUGGCGGUGAUGGCGAUGAGUGUAAUCGCGCUAUAUUUGCAGUUGGUAAUUAUGCAGAGGAUUUAACCCGACAUCAUUGUCCAUCACCGCCAUUGGAUAGCGAAGUCGCAAUAGCACCGGUUAACCUCAAUAAGGCAAUUGCCUUUUCUGCAGGACCGCCUCCUUCUGUUCGACAGAAAGUUACGAUGGGUGUUUGCGUGUGUAUGAUUGUGUGAGUGAGUGAGUGUGUGUCUGUGUGUGUGUGGACUGCUGGGGUGAUGCUUGAUGUUUGUUCAUGAUACGGCACCCCACUGCAGGCGCCGUUAAAGGCCGUGCCGCCCAAAGGCAUCUGGACCCGUCCAUGUCCGAGCGACUCGCACGUGUGCUGUUUUUGCCCUGAGUGAUCAUCGAGAAUCGGAUCGAUUCCGAUAGCGCUACAAAUACAUAUAUUUGCAUAUAUGAUAUAUUUAUAUAUAUACAUAUGAUAAUGACAUAAUAAUCUGGCAGAUAAAUAGUGGUAAGGCAUUCUAUACACACUCGCACACAAAUGAGAAAAGGCGAUACAAAAGAAGGCUGUGAGCUGAAAAUGCGCGGAAGAAAAGAUUCAAUAUACACAUACCCAUGCUGAACCGAGCGACUAGAAGCGACAGUUGAAUCUUGAAUUCUGAACAUACAAAAAAGACAAAACUAUAAACACAAGCUGCGUGUUAACAUAGUUUGACAACUAUAAUCAUCGUCACACUGCGACAGUGACGUCCUUGCUCCUGUGACACCACUUCAAUGAAAGCCCCCCUCGAGUCUCGUCGGAACGAAAAGAGUGGGAGUGAGCUUCGUGACGAGCGCAUGCGACACACAAUUCACUAUCGCACUUCAUAUUGUGUACAUGAUGAUGAGGUAGAUGAUGACGGUGACAUACUACAUGUGGAUCACCUCAAAAUUGACCAACUGACGCGAAGAUAACGUGAAGUCCGCGUGGCUGAACAGAAAACAGCCUUCGUCAGAAUCACAAGGAGUAUCACGUAGCGAACAAAGCAGAAAUAAUUUAUCAUUAAUUAUACUACCCGUAUGCAAAGCGCUAAUCAUUUCCGAAGCAAGCAAACAACGACAAUACCGCCUAGCAACAGUGAGGAACCUGCCCCCAUGGCAUGGGGUAUCCUUAAUGCCAAUCGAUGUCGCCAUGAACUCGGAAAAUCGACAAGUCACACGCGCGAAAAUUUGUGAAAGAGAAUCCAGAAAAUGAAGGGACGAAAGUCCCUGGAGUGGACGAAACAGAACAGUCGUCCCGUCAAAGCCGAACAACCAGCGUCGACACAAGCGUAGCGAUUUGAGCAAAAUGAACAUAUAUAUAUAUAUAUAUAUAUAUAUAUAUAUAUA